AUGAAAUUCGCGCGCUGCAUUUUCCUCAUGACCUCUCUUGCUCUCAUGAUCCCUCACAUUCAAGCAGUCGAAUCAUCGCAAGAACUGAUCGACACUAUAUGCAGAGAAACCGAAGAUUAUGAAUUUUGCAAUGAAAUCAUCCAAAAAAACGCAAACGCAUCAACGGCUAAUCUCCAUGACCUCACCGAUCACAUAAUCAUACUCUCUAUGAAACACGCCAGCGAUACUUACACGUUCAUUGGUAACAUCCUCCGUAAACGACAUGAAUCUGAUGAGGAGACAGCUGGUCUCAAUACAUGUCUUGGUGUUUACAAUAGCGAGAGCACUAUAUUCGUAAUAGUACAUGAACACUUUUAUCUAAGGGAGUAUGAACGUAUGAUUCUAGCCAUUUUGUCCACAACCAAGAUCUUGAAAGAUUGUAAGACCGAUUUUCCGGUUCCUCCUAACAAGGAGAAUCCUCUAAUUGAGAAGAAUAGGGAGAUGAGAAUCUUGAUCACCAUGUCUACUGUUUCGGGAUAUAUGCUCAUCAAUGGAAACCAUUCCUUGCUUAGCUCAGUAGUUACCGGGCUUGAAGUUUCUCAAUAA